AAAGCUUACCGUUGCCAACGUCCACUCACUACUACAUGAAAACUCCGUGAAUCUUGAUCUCACACCAAAACAUUCAAUGCUUCUUCUUCAGCUCUGCUUUGAUCCGUACAAAAUCAAUUCGUUCACACCCAAAAUCAAUUCUUUUUGACUCCUCUUCUUUUUUUGGUUCCUAAUUCAAUUCUUCUUUGUUUACUAUUCUUGAAUUUCUUGGUUCUUUGUUGGGUUUCUUUCUUUGAUUUCAAGUUUUAAUCUUUUUCUUCUUUCUUUUCUCAAAUCUCAAUCUCUCCUUGAGUUUGACAAUUGGGUUUUUGAAAAAGGGCUGCCAUGGCAACAUUGGCACCAGGAAUACUGAUGAAGCUUUUGGAUGGCAUGAACACGGGGAUGAAACCCACGAGUGAGCACAGAAACUCGCUUUUGCAGGUCACAGAUAUCGUUCCGGCUGAUCUUGAUGAGAAGAAUCUUUGGCCAAGCCAUGGAUUUUACAUUAAAGUCUCUGAUUCUUCUCACUCAAUCUAUGUCAGUCUUCCUUCAGAACAAGAUGAUUUUGUUCUCAGCAAUAAAAUGCAGCUUGGGCAGUUCAUCUAUGUCGAUAGAUUGGAGCCGGGAUCUCCUGUUCCCGUCAUAAAAGGAGCUAAACCAAUCCCAGGCCGACACCCAUUUGUGGGGACACCAGAACCGUUAAUGGGUCUUAGAGAGAAAGGUGAACCAAGGUCCAGUUCAAAGCUCUCGGCUCAAACUCACAGAAGGGGUUCUUGGGGGACAGGAGGGACAGAGGGUGUCUCUGUUUCGUCUCCCAUGAUUUUCAAGCCGGUUAAUUUGGAUUUCGAUCAGUGUAGUACACCGGUGAAAGAGCGUGGUAGUAAUAAUUUUCCAAUGUCUCCGAUGAUAAGAAGAGGGAGGGUUGGCAAGGAUGGAAAUUGUAGCGCCGGUGGAGGUAUUAGAUGUUCAUUUGGUGGUGGGCUCUUGGCAAAGAUGGUGGAUAAUAAUAAGGGAGAAAGCCCUGCUGCUAUGCUUAGGAAAAGCUGUGUAGCCCCUUCUUCUGCUUCGAAAUUCCCGAGGAGUAGGAGCGUUUGUGAAAGAGAGCCUAAGAUCCCAAUAAGUCCCUUCAACUUAGCUGAAAAGAAAAGUGCCACUCCUCCGCCGAGUACACGGAGUGCAAGAGUGGCCACUUCCCUCAAUAUGGGUGGAGAUGCCCAGAACUCCAACUCAAACUCAAAGGUGACACCUCAAUUACAAUCUCAGCCUGAUAAUCCAGCUUCUGAUAUCAGCACUAGCACCAGUCUCCCCAUGAAUUUACCUGGAAAACUUAGCAUAUUGGGCAAGGAAGCAGUGCAGCAGCGAGAAACAGCACAGAAAAUUGCCCUUCAAGCACUAAGAGAUGCUUCGGCUACUGAAACAUUAGUUCGAUCUCUCAAGAUGUUUUCCAACUUAAGCAAAUCAGCUAAACCUGAUGCUCCUGCGGCUUGUUUUGAUCGGUUUCUGGAAUUUCAUCACCAAAUUGUGCAAGCAGUGACUGAUAUGGUGUCCAUUCAAGCAGCUACUUCAGCUUCCGAAAUGGCUCAAAAUCCAAAUGCCAAAAAAUCUGAAGAAGAGUCCCCUGGAUUUCACGAAAACAUACACAACUCAAUGGACCAAAGCCGAAAUUCAGAACUAAAUUUAUCCAAAAGGCGAACAGCAUUAUACAAAUCCAUUGCAGUCUUUCCUGAAAGAGGUGAGCAGAAGACAAGUAUGGGAAAAGUCCUGAGAUCAAAUUUCAACCACAAGUCAUCUUUGGAUAGAAAACCGUCUUCCCCACUUGGAAAACUGCCACUUGAAGCUGAUGCUAUAGGUGAAAACGAUGAAAACAAGAAACCAGCCUCUUCCUACAGCAGCCUAAGCAAUACAAUCAAAUUGGGGAAACAGGUUGAAACAGAAGCUGGAAACUGGUUUAUGGACUUCUUGGAGAAGGCAUUGGAAAAGGGCAUGAAGAAAACAAAAGGAGCAGCAGAUGGGGAUAUUAAGAAAGUUCCUCAGUCUCUCAUACUGAAGGUUAUUAACUGGGUUGAGGUAGAGCAAUCUGAUGGUAGUAAGCGUCCGGUUCAUCCCAAGGCAGCACAGGUGGCCCGGAAGUUGAGGAUCAAGAUGAAGAAUCCUUGAAUACAGAACAUAAGCAGAGUCUAUCAAAUUUUUUCUUUUUAUUGACAUUGUCUAUGUUCCAACUAUAUGGAGAUUCUGUUUGCAGUUGUUGAAUCUCUUGUGCAUGCAUGUACACGUAUCGAUUGAAGCAUUUAUUCAUAUAUUCAUUCAUUUUCCUUUAA